GGUACACAGAGAGAGAGAGAGAGAGAGAGAGGACCCUUCUUUCUCUUUGUUUUCUUAAAUACGGAUCUCUUCGAAAACAAGCUUGCAGAAGAGAGAAAGCAAUUCUGACAAUCUAACGCUACCAUGAUGUGGAUUGUGGGGGAGUGGAGUGGGUUUAAGAAAGAUCGAACACCUUAGAUUCAUCUCUCUCUCUCUCUCUCUCUCUCGUGAAAACAAUGUGGGGUGUGUGAGUGAGAGAGAGAGACGUAAGAUAGAUACGUUCCCGUCGGUAUAGUCACGUGGGAUCCACUUUCACGUAUAGUCUAAAAGUGCUUCUUUCUCCUCUCCAACCCUCUGAAAAAAUAUUGCCCCAUGUGCUCAGCUUCAUCACCGUCUGCUGGCACUCUCUCUCUCUCUAAGUUUCAUUUGCAUACCCCAAUCAAACAAAACGUAUCCAUUCCCAUGUCCACCAAGCUCACAUUUUAAUUGCCUCUCUCCCUCUCUCUCUAACACAAUGGACUCCAGAACUCGCCUUGACCAUGUUCUCUUUCAACUCACUCCAACCAGGACAAGAUGUGAACUGGUGAUAUUUGCUGCUGCUGCUGGUGCAAACGAGAAAUUGGCUUCAGGGCUUCUAGAACCAUUUCUUGGUCACUUGAAAUGCGCCAAGGAUCAAAUUUCCAAAGGAGGGUACUCCAUCAUUCUUCGUCCUUCGGACUCCGGUGCCUCCUGGUUCACCAAAGCCACUUUGCAGAGGUUUGUGAAAUUUGUUAGCACGCCAGAAGUUCUUGAGAGAUUUAUGACUAUUGAGAGGGAGAUUUUGCAAAUUGAGAAUUCAAUUCAAUCGAGUGAACUAGUCGAAUCAGAAGAUGGGAAUCAAAAUAAGUCAACUGCAAUCAAGUCAAACAGUGAAUCCAAUGGAGCCCUUGAUGCUAUGCCAGAAGAAAAUUCCAAGAUUCGUCUUCAACGUGUUUUGGAAACCCGGAAGGUAGUACUAUGCAAAGAGCAAGCGAUGGCUUAUGCUCGUGCUUUAGUUGCUGGAUUUGAACUGGACUACAUAGACGAUCUUAUAUCUUUUGCUGAUACUUUUGGAGCUACACGUUUAAGGGAGGCGUGCAUUAAUUUCAUAAAUCUAUACAAGCAAAAGAACGAAGAUAGGCUUUGGAUGGAAGAAAUAGCAGCAAUGCAGGCACUCGCUCAGCCACAACUGCCGUACUUGGGAACAUCAGGAAUAAUUCUUGCCGGAGAAGAUAAUGACCCCCAUCAGAAUCUCAUGAUAAAUGUUAACCAAAGUAUUCUCUCUGUUGGGAAGAAUAGCUCAUUAGACACAUCAGUGUCGGAGUCAACAAGUCAUGGAAGUCUGGACGCGAACCAAGAUAAUAGCUUGCCAACAUCGGUUAAGAUGUCAUCAAUGGAUGGGAAGCCACAAGUACCAAACCCAUGGCCAAACCAGCCUCCUCAGUACAUGCACAAUUUCCAAGGUCCUGUGUAUCCACAAGUGCACCCGUAUCAAGGUUACCUUUUUCCUGGUAUGCAGGUUCCGCCAUAUUAUCCAGGGAAUAUGAAAUGGCCUCCGAAUGGGGAAGAAUCUGGCCCUAUUUUUGAUCAGGAAUCUGAUGGACGGAGGAAUCGUAAAUCUCAUAGGAAUAAAAAGAAACAUUCUCAUGAAAAAGUACUAGAAACUUCAGACCAAGAUGGAUCCGGUGACAACACUGGCUCCAGUUAUGAGAGUGAAUCUGAUGAUCAGAUGCAUAAGCAAAGGCAUGGGAGAAAGUCCUCGAGAAAGGUGGUUAUCCGAAAUAUCAAUUACAUAACCUCUAAGAGGGAUGGAGAAACAGGAAGUACGUCUGAGGGAAAUUCAUCCGACGAGGAUGGAUUUGUUGAUGGCAAAUCCAUUAAACAGCAGGUAGAGGAAGCUGUUGGGUCUUUUGAGAAGAAACAUAAAUCAACCUCACAUCGUCAUAAAAAACAAGGUGGAGGCAAGUUCCGUGGUGCUGUGGAUGAUUCAAAUACUGGUGUUGCAAGUACUUAUGAGGGAGAAAAACAAAAUGAAAACUGGAAUGCUUUCCAAGACCUUCUCAUGAGGGACAAGGAUGAAAGUUCGUUUGCUAUAGAACCACACAAUGUACAGAUUGAGGAGGAAUAUUUUUCAAGUAAGAACUCUGGCAAAGGAAAAGUGACUAAGCAACGAGCAGAUUCAACUGAAUUUUUUGUGGUGACAGAGAGGGAUUCAAUUAAUGAGAGUAAACCACGUGUCCAAUACUUCGAAGGUGAUAAGAAUGUUGGCCGGAUUACCAAGAAAGAAGAUAGCACAUAUGAGGACGUAUUAUUUUCACGGAGAACUGAAGAAUCUGGGAACAAAUCCCAUGAUACUUUAUCUGAUUGUGUCAAUGAAUCGUACAUAACCAAAUGUUCUAAAGAAGGGGAUUGGUUCAUGAACAACCAAACAGAUAUAUCAGCAAAUAGGGAUGUCAAUAAUGAUCUGAAAUUGUUUGAUGGUGUUGAUGCAAUUCAUGCGGAGAGAAAUAAGAGAGAUGUUCUAGGGGAUGACUCUUUCAUGGUUCAAGACCGAUCACUAGUUGAUCAAUCUGAUUCUCAGUUCAGGACAGAUAUAAGCUUCGUCCCAGAGAUCAAUGGAGCUACUCAAGAUGAAUAUGGCAUGCAAGAAACUUCAAAUGAUAAACCUGAAGCAUAUAGUGUUCAUGAACCAGAUGACCUUUACAUGAUGCUUGACCGUGGAUCAGCUAUGGAGCAUGCUGUGGCACCAUGGACUCCUGAAAUGGAUUAUGAAACUAUUGCUUCAUCAUUUGAAGCUACUACGAAGAAUCCUGGCACUGAAGCAAGUGAUUCCGAUGAAGUUAAGCAGCCUUCUGAUAGUAAGGGAAGGAAUGAUAAAAAUAGUGGAAUUCCUGGACAAAAAGCCAGGUCUAAAGUUGUAAAUGGAUCUUUGGCGAAAAGCAAGUCUGAUGUCAUGUCAAGAAGCAAGAAACCUGCUCCUGUAAGCAAAAGCACAGCCCACAAGAGCAAAUCUGAAAUGGAAAAAGAGCGGAGAAAGAGAAUGGAGGAGUUACUGAUUCAACGCCAGAAGAGAAUUGCUGAAAGGAGUGGUUCUAAUACAGCAAUAUCUAAGAAGGCCCCAAUGGACAAUAAAACUGCCAAAAUCUCCAUGACUAACUCGAAGAAUGAGACUAAGAAAUCAGAUAAGCCUGUCAUGCGGAAUUCCACCAUUGAACGCCUUGCAACCACACGAGUAACUGAAAAGUUAACUCCAACUUUGCCAAGUGCUGGCCAACCCAAAACACAGAACAUCAAGGCAAAUGGUGUGGUUGCAAGUGCCUCAUCACAGAAGGCAGCUGCUGCAGUGAAUAAGAAACCCGCUCCAAACAAAGCCAAACCUUUGGGUGCAAAAGAGGACCUGAAGAAAUCAAAUCAAUUGAUUUCAUCUGACUCUAAUGUCCAGGAAAAGGUUUGCAUAGAAUCCAAAGAAGCACUGCCGGUUAAGUCAGCAGCUGCGGUUGUAACUCAACCCACCCGUUCCAUCAAUCAUUUGGAAGAGAAAAAAGAAAUCCAUGGUACAUCUUCUGUUGAAAAGAAUGAGGGAAAUUUGAUGUCACAAAGAGAGGCCUUGGAGAACGGUAGCUGCAACGGGUAUUCUCCCAAUUUGGUUUCAUCUGUACCUUUUGAAGAGAACGCUCAAAAACUGAAUCAGUUUACAGGUGAUGUCGAAGAGUUGCCUAAAGAAUUUCCAGUUCUAAGUGAAGACAAGAGAAAUUAUAUCCCGGAAAUGAUUGUAUCUCCUCCUAUUCUGGGAUCACCUAAGAAAGCUUUGAUUGUUUCAGCUGUGAACAAUGAAGAAACUGGUGCAAAAACUAAGAAUUUACCGAUUUCUGAGAUCUCUGAGAUAGAAAUCUCUACUCCACCAAGUGAUGAAACACUCACGGAACUCCACUCCAGGAAGAAGUGGAACAGUGAUGAGAACUCUCCUAAAGCUGCCAAAGGGUUUAAGAAGCUUCUAUUGUUUGGGCGGAAGAGCCGAAACACUCCUGUCAAUUGAUAUUUGUGGAACUAAGAUAAUUCAUUGCUCGUAGCUUUUGUUUGCAGCAUGUCAUAAUACUUUUCCAUUGGUUUUUUGGGUUGUUCGUGUCCAAAAGGGAUGGACCGACCAAUUGAAUUGCUUGAUAAUGCAGCUGAUGCAUUCUUUAUGGCUGUCAAAUGCAAUAGCCUCACCGCUCUCGUAUCCAAUAAGGCUUCCGGGUGUUGCUGCCACACAAGGAGAGCACUGUAAGUUAUGUAUUUUUUUUUGUAUAUCCUAGGAAGAUAGAAAGAUAGCCAUCUGUUUAUUUGAUAUAGCUUGUGCAUUUGAAUUGAUAGACAAUACGAGCUAUUUUCUGCAUCUCUUGUAAUAUUCUCUUAUAUCAAAUCUGUUUGUGUAAGAACAGACAUCUUUGCACCUUUGUUAAUCAGCAAGUAUAUAAUGUUUGUGA